AAUUUACACGUUGAGCCCCCCCCCCCCAACUGACAACUGACAACAACAACUACUACAAUCAAAAUGAUGAUUGAAAAAUGGAAUGCAAACUCACCGGAUAUAUCAACUGUUUUUGAAAUUAAUGAAACAGCCAAUUGGAUUAUAAAGAAUAAAUUUACCAAAGUUGGAUUACAAUUCCCCGAUGAAUUAUUAGGCAUAUCUGUUGUAAUAUGUCGACAGUUGAAUUCUCUUGUUACUACUACUGAUGAUGAUUGUCAAUGUGUAAUACUGGGAGAUAGUUCAUUUGCAAGGUGAAUUAAAACAAUAAUUGUUGUAUCGAUGAAAUCGCUGGUCAACAUAUACACAUCAAUGCAUUAAUUCAUUAUGGUCGAGCAUGUUUAUCACCAACUAGUGGAAAUUUACCUAUUUAUUAUGUAUUUGGUAAAUAUUCACCAAAUCAACACUUAUCUAAUGAAAUUAAAUUAUAUGAAAAAGUUUCGGCACAAUUACAAUCGAAAAUUUUCGCUAAUAUGCUUCGUCGAUCAUCAUCCUCAUCAGCUUCACGUAUUGUAUUAAUCAUGUAUGAUUUUCGAUGUAAAGAGAUUGCACAAUAUAUUUAUCAACAACUAUUAUUAAUAUUAAAUAACACUGAAAUUCAUUGUACUAGUUGUUCUAUGAUUGAUUCAAUUAAACCAAAAUUUAUAUGGUCUGAACCAUACAUCAAUACUACUACUACUACUACUAAUAAUAAUAAUACUAAUAAUUCAUGGAUUCGUUGUGGACGUCGACUAAUUCCGGCGCAAUUUGAUUUGAAUGCAUUGAAACAUCACACUAAGAAAUCGCCUGAAAAUGCUGUUGAUGAUGAUGAUGAUUACAUGAUGGUGUAUAUUGGACAUAUUGAUAAGAACACAACAACAACUACUCAUCAUCAUGAUUAUCAACGUGAUCUCCAAUCAAUUUAUCAUAUUCAAUUAUGUUUACCUGAAUUGAAUCCAAUGAAAAUAAUUUUCUAUGAUUCAAUUACUGGUGAAUUAGAUUUCAAUGAUGGUAGUUGUAGUACUGGUAGUACUGGUAUACAAAUGAAUGCUUUAUUAAAACGAAGGACAUAUUUUAUUGAAAAAGCUAAAGAUGCACAAUAUAUUGGAAUUUUGGUUUGUACCCUAUCCAUUCAACAUUAUCAACAUAUUAUUGAUCGAUUGAAACUAUUAUUAACCAAUGCAAAACGUUCUUAUAUCACAUUAAUUGUUGGUCGAAUAACUCCAGAGAAAUUAUGCAGUUUACCAGAAUUGGAAUUGCUCAUUUUAAUUGCAUGUCCUGAAACAAGUUUAAUCGAUUCACAUGAUAUUCCUAUUCCAGUUAUUACACCAUUUGAAAUGGAAUGCGCUUUACGAGCAUGUUAUACCGAUGAACUGUUGCCAAAUGCUGAUGAACGUACAUGGACAGCAGAGAAAUUUUGGCUUGAUUUUCAUGAUCUUUUACCAGGUGGUCAAGCUUACAUGCCUGUGGAGGAUGUGAUUCCUCAAUUAACUGAAUCAUUUGCCAAUGUCUCAUUGAUCAAUGGACAUAGUCAUUUAAUUUCACAAAAUAACACCGAUUUAACUUUGAAUCAACAAUGUGCAGAUGAUGAUUGUCAAUCAUCACUGGUUGUUCAAUCUUCACGAGAAUUAAUCGAUACGGCGCAAUGGAACAAUUUCAACACCAGCAAACUCCAUCAUCGAACAUGGUAUGGUUUAGAGCCAAAGAUUGGUGAAACUCCAUUGGCACAAAUUAAAGAUGGUCGUAUAGGUUUGCCAACACAUUAUACACAUGAGGAAAAUGGUCAAUUAUCCGAAUAAAAACAGUAUUAAUAAUAAUAAUAAUGACUAUCUUUUCUAUAUAUUCAUACACACUGAUCUGUCUGUGGAUGAAUUUCUCAUGUACAUAAAUUUAUAAUCUUGUUCAUUAA